AUGGCUACUACGACCUAUACCAAAUUCAACGAGGACACCGAAGCCCUCGAGGUCGCAGAGGCAUUUGCUUCAGGAAUCCGCGGCAAGACUAUUAUCGUUACUGGUGUCAAUCGCGGUGGUAUCGGGUUUUCGACCGCACAAGCCUUCGCCUCUCAAUCGCCCUCCCACCUGAUUAUUACCGGUCGCAACCCCGUCAAAAUCCAGGAGUCCAUCGACGCCCUCAGAACUGAGUUCCCUGAUGUGAACUAUCGUGGUCUCCAAGUGGACCUCUCCAAUCAGAAAUCGGUUCGGAAUGCAGCUACGGAGGUCCUAAACUGGGCUGACGUGCCCAUGAUCAACAUUGUAGUCAACAGUGCAGGGAUCAUGGGCAUCCAGAAACGCACAUUAAGCCCGGAUGGUAUCGAGCUGCACUUUGCAACAAACCACCUAGGGCACUGGCUCCUCGCCUGCUUGAUCAUGCCAAAGUUGAUCAAGGCUGCUGAGAGCAACCCCAUGGGCGCCACACGCAUCGUCAACGUGAGCUCCGCUUCGCCCCAGGUAUCCGGCAUGCGAUGGAGCGACAUGAACUUCGACAAGAAGAACAAAAGUCUGCCGGUGGAAGAACAGCCCGAUUACCCCUGGUUCGCGAUGUGUGGAUGCCGAGACAUCGAGGACGCCUCGUAUGUUCAUCUCGAUGGUUACAACCGUAGCAAGGUUGCGAAUGUGCUUUUCGGCAUCGCUGCGAACAAGCGGUUGUUCGAGAAGUACGGAAUCCUGACCGUAUCGUUACACCCAGGAGUCAUAGAGACUGAGCUGGGCCGGAACAUGUCCCCGGAAGAUCUGGGGGCAUUUGCGGAGUUGAGAAAGAGUGUUUUCAAACCGAGAACGUUGGGCGCAGGGGCUUCAACUAGUUUGGUCGCUGCGUUGGACCCAAUGCUGGCUCAAGGGGUAGGAAAACGCAGAAGCGGGAGCGAAAAUUGGGGACCGUAUCUGGAUAAUUGUCAGAUUAGUGGUAAAGCGCAUCCCCUUGCAGUGUCUAGCCAGGAGGCUGAGAAGCUCUGGGAUGUAUCCGAGAAGUUGGUUGGACAGGCUUUCACGUGGUGA